AGGUCAGCUGCCACGUAGUGUCAGUGUAACAGACCGGUGGAAGACGCAAUCCAACGAUAGCUAACGGAGCUUUGGAUUUAAAUACAUUUUUAUUAACAGUAGGCUAUAGGACUCUCUAUCCCUAUAGGCUAUUUUUAUUUUGCCAUGGUGCUAUUACAACGAUGUAUACUGAGAAACGUUCUCCUGCACGGCCAACGGAGUAUUUGUGUAUCGCAACCACGAAAAGAAAGUUCUAAUCCGGCAUGGGCUUCUGUCAAAACAAGACGCCGCGAUCCAAACAGCAACUGUGUCUUGGGACGCUUUUACACCACCACCUCAGCGAUCCCCGGGGUUCGAGAGCGCACGCUGAUCGCUGUGAAGCCGGACGGGGUGCAGCGGCGCCUGGUGGGGCAGAUCGUGCAGCGCUUUGAGCAGAGGGGCUUCAAACUGGUGGGGCUGAAGAUGGUGAAGGCACCAGAGGAGUUGUUGUCCCAGCACUACCACGACCUCAGGAAGAAGCCCUUCUACCCCAGCCUGCUACGCUACAUGCACUCCGGACCAGUGGUUGCCAUGGUGUGGGAGGGUCACAAUGUGGUCAGGACGUCCCGUCUGAUGGUGGGGGACACAAACCCAGCAGAGGCCCUCCCUGGCACUGUUCGAGGGGACUUCAGCAUUCACAUUAGCAGGAACGUGAUCCACGCCAGCGACUCUGUGCAAGGGGCACAGAGGGAGAUCCAGCUGUGGUUCAACUGCACCGAACUGCUGGACUGGGACUGCUGCGACCAUAGAAACACCUACCAGCUGUGAGAUCACGGGGGGGGG